CAGCUACUCAACGUAUUGUUUCGCAGAUGCGGGGAGCAAACUCCCGUCUGUGGCGAAAGGGCGGCGGUGGUUUGAAGCCGAGGAAGAGAGAGAGAGAGAGAGAUGAGGAGGAACAUGUCGGCGUGAGGACGUUUUCUGUGUGUUCACGACAGCGGAGCUCAUAUCUCCACCUACUACCCUACUUCCCACCUUUACCGCUGCUGUUGAGGUAGCCAUGGCGACCAGCGCCGUGCCAAGUGACAACCUGCCAACGUACAAGCUGGUGGUGGUGGGGGAUGGUGGCGUUGGGAAGAGUGCCCUCACCAUCCAAUUUUUUCAGAAGAUCUUUGUGCCAGACUACGAUCCCACGAUAGAGGACUCGUACCUUAAACACACGGAGAUAGAUGGACAGUGGGCAAUACUGGAUGUGCUGGACACAGCCGGCCAGGAGGAGUUCAGUGCUAUGAGGGAGCAGUACAUGAGGACAGGAGAUGGUUUCCUCAUCGUCUUCUCUGUGACAGACAAGGCCAGCUUUGAACACGUUGACCGAUUCCAUCAACUCAUACUACGGGUUAAAGACAGGGAGGCCUUCCCCAUGGUGUUGGUGGCAAACAAAGUGGACUUGGUUCAUCUGAGAAAGGUCACCACUGACCAGGGCCAAGAGAUGGCUGCAAAACAUAACAUAACUUAUAUUGAAACCAGUGCCAAGGAUCCUCCAAUGAACGUGGACAAAGCCUUUCAUGAGCUGGUUCGAGUUAUAAGACAACAGGUCCCAGAGCGAAACCAGAAGAAGAAAAAGAAGAUGAAAUGGAGAGCAGAACGCUCCGCAGGUUCCCACAGGUUCCACUGCGCCAUAUUGUGACCCCCCCCCCCCCCCCUGCUAAUAAUUCAUAACGUACACACACCCACAUGCACACCCACUUACCUUUUGGAUGUCAGGGAACUCCCCAGCAGUGGUAACUACUGGAGCACAAACAAAGGGAGGGGGGAUGGGGGGGUGUCGAAGAAUGGCUGUAUGGAUCCAGAGAGGCGGAAGGAGAAGUCAAUCUGAAAUGUUGGGCUCCCCACAACCCUUCACCAUGCCUUGGAAUGAGCACUACGCCGUCUCUUUUCAAUUUAUGGUCCCUUUCAAAGGUCUCCCAUCUGUGUCUCCAAAGACAGAACUACAGUGUUACUGAACUGCUUCUCGAUCAAGUGUGAUUUUUGAAUUUAAUAUCAAAUGUGGCACAAGAGGACAGACUCUGGGGGGGAAGCCAGAGAUCAGGAUCACCUUAAUGUUGGACCUUUUUGUCUUCUUGAGAAAGGGAAGAACUCAAAAUGGCACCUCGUAUUUUAUGGACCAACUCCCAACAACCUGCUGGUCAUCACCUUUCAAUCCCCACACUCCUACAAUUUCUGGACGAAAAAGCACCCGUGUGAUCUUUAGAUAUGUUUGUCUGUGUUCUCUCUCGUUGUAGAGUGGACGUCACGAGGGCACGGCGGAUGAGUAUGAGAGCGGUGACGGUGAUUUUUGGCAGUGAAAAUACAUGUUCUGUGAGUGUAGCGUGUACCUCGUGGUCAUGUGACGCUCUGGGCGCGAAAUGUCAGUUCAGAGGGAAUGGAAGUCGUAGCAAGCGAAACAAGUGUGACGUGAUGCUGAGAAAACGUGUCACAUCGGUUGACAGGUGAAGGCCAUGGUCAUAUCAGCUUGUUGAAUACGUGUUUAAAUAUUGUAAUUGUAAAGGAAAGUAAGAUUGGUCCGGUGUGUGAUGUUAAAACGUUAAUGUAAACAUAACAGGGUUACUGACGUUUCAGCGAAUGUUUACAGACUCUUAUAAAUGGAUUAUUUUCCCAUCUUAAAAACGUAUAUCAGAGCCAUCAUGUCUUUUUGAAAAUAACAGUGGAUCAUUUAGGUUGCCUCUUCAGUCAAUGGCAGGAUGAGUGCAGUCUUCUUCAGUACUGUAUGAACGACAGACCUGAAUUUUUUAUUUUUUUUUGUCUUUGUGGUCUCAAGAGAUUCUCUUCAAAACAAGUAACUUUCCAUGUGUUUUUGUAUCUUAAAAAAAAUAAUAAAAUAGAGAAUUACAAUUAUAUUUGUGAUUUAAAAAAAAGUAUAAUUAUAGGCGGCAAUGUAAACAAAUUUAAUGCUGGUUUACAAAAGAUCUGUAUGAAAUCGAAUAGAUAAGGGAUAGUGAGAGCUUAGUGUUUCAGAUCUGAAACGGGCUGGGGAAGCUGAUUUGCACUGGCCACUAACCAAAAUAAUGUGAUGUCACUUUAUUUCAGCUUUUCAAACUGCACAGCUGAAUCCAGGACAAGGUUACAAAUAAGAGUCAUGCUCGGUAAAGGGUAACGCUCCUUCAGUUCGGGGAUACAUACUGUUGCCCUGAGAAAACAUCAGAGUUACAAAGCCUGUCUCGACCAGGCGGCGGGAUGCUCCUAGGGCUUAAAGCCAUGUGAACCUAGCUACAGUUUAGUUGUAGGAAAACCACACACUCGAAGCAACAAGGCAUUCAGUUCAUGUUUGUAGCUGUGAGGUGGAUAGGAAUGUACAAUUUAAUAACCUAUGAAAUGGCUUGUACUGUUAGCGCACUAAAGUUUCAGUGGACAACUUUUUUUUUUGUCUGGAUGAAUACCGUCUCAUGAAGGAAUACAUUUUUGCACUUUUAAUACAAUUUCUGACUUUCCUAUUGGCAUGUUGUUUUCUGUUCUAAUCUGUAAGUGAAUUGAAAAGGCACGUUCAAAACGAUUUGAAUGUAAAAUCGAAUAACAAAACGAGCAAAGAGGCAAUUAGCGCUGUAGCCCUGUGUGCCUGUGUAUGCCUGUUGCCUUGGCGAUGAUUGUAACAGAUUAUUUAAGUUAGAAUUUAAUCAUUUGAAAGGUAUUGAAAUAAAAGUUCCAUAUUACUCAGUUUUGAAGGUUGAGUAUGAACAAAACUCAUUUAUUGAAUGGCAUACAAAUUCACCUCAGCAUGAAAGUGGAAAAUCCACCUCAGCAAAAGAAGGAAUACAGUAUUAAUCUCUAUCUACUGUCAAAGGGACUUCACAAAGAGAUUCCAGAGAAGGACAGAAAACAUUGAUGUAAUGAACAUUGAGCAAUGGAACAGCUGACUCUGGAUUGUGGAGGAGGAAAACAAAAAAGCUGUGUGUGUUUUUGAUGAAAAUGUUGCAUCAUGUAUGUUUGAUACUAUUUUGUAUUAUUGAUAUGAUUCUUGCAAAGUGUUUUUUAAACAACUGAAUAAUUUAUUACUGUCUAUGUUACCUCAGCGUGUCCCAGACCUGGACAAAAAGCUUAAUCCAUCCCCCUAUUUGUUUUCUUUUUUCUUCUUUGGGACUCUCAAUGGGUAACAGGCCUUUCGCCUUUGAGCCCCCAUAGGAAGAGACUGCUUUACUGAAGCUCAUGUGGAGAUGGCCUCACAAGUUAACAAGUAAUGACAAAACAAGAAAAGUUUGUCAUCCAACUUGUCAUCCUUAAUAUGUUUAAUUGUUCAAUGUGAAACGUCCUAAAAGGAAUACUUUGAACAAGACGACUGAAUAAGAGUACUUUCCAAAAUGUCAGAGUUGGAUGAGAAGAUUGACAGCACACGCAUUUCUGUACACUUAGCUAUAUCCAGCAGUCUGGAUACCUUAGUUUAGCUUGGUUUAAAAACUGGAAACAGGGAGGAAAGACCUUGUGUGUGAAGAUAAUACUAAAAUCAGCCAACCAGCACAUUUAAAAUUCAUUGAGUAUAUUAUUUAGUUUGUUUAAAUGUGCUGGAUUAUUUGAUAACUUUGGACUAGGCUAGCCGUUUCCCCCCUGCUUCCACUCUACAUGCUAAAGUAAGCUGUCUGGCAUGCAAGCUAGCUUCAUAGUGUGCAGGUGGUAAAUGGACUGUACUUGUAUAGCGCCUUUUUAGUCUUCUGACCACUCAAAGCGCUUUACACUACAUCUCAAUUUACCCCAAUCACACACAUUCAUACACUGAUUGCAGAGGCUGCCAUGCAAGGUGCCGACUGCUCAUCAGUUGAAAGAGGCUAAUCCCAUCCUACACGUUUUGGGGGACUCUCGUUAAGAACACAGUUCCUUUAAGCAGACUGAGCUCAUGUACCAGCCAUGUGUCUGCUAUGCAGUUCACUAUUUAACCUUUUGGUUUGAGGUCCAAAGUACAAUUUGAAAUCAAAGUUACCUUUCUUGAAUUAAUCAUUAUGGCUUAUACAAACAAACCUGCUGAUUUCACUUUUCAGGCAGACCAAAUCCACACGCUGGAAGUGAAUAUAAUGGAAUAAUUAUUUGACCCUGGUUUAUAUGUGAGCCAAUUUGAGCACUUUUGUUUUUAUUAAUUGGAGAGGUAGCAUUCUUUUUCAAAUAGACAGUAUUGGUGAAGUUACCCAAUUGAUUUGAGCUGUGUGUGUCCUGAAAUGUCGUCAGUAUGUAAAGGGCCGUGGAAACUUUUAAGUUUGGAUUACUAAAAACUAAAUUUGGAGUUGUCACAGCAGUAGUGUAAUGUGUGUUUUUGGUCAGGUCUGUUGUUCUAAUUGUGUUCUAACUGGCUGUGUCGGACUGAGGAGCUAGACGAGGCACAAACAAUCUGUGGCCUUUUUUUAUCUAGCCUCAGGGGUCGAUUAUAUUUCAAUAAAGAAAUACAAUUAUUGUGACUUUA